CAACAACUGAAAGCUUGCAACGGGGAGAGAUUAGCGAAAGUGAUGGGUUUCGGUGAAUAAACUGAGACCGGAUGUUCUGGCACUUCUCCCCUUGUCCGUAUAUUGGGCUGCCCGAACCGGCACUAAUGUACGUAUUUUCAUCGUCGACGGAUCAAAUCGAGCUCACAUUCCGACAACCUAUGGCCCAGCGCAACUAUUUACCAACUACGGGCGCACAAGUUUUCUGGAAUGCGAUAUGUGUGACUCCAUUAUACAUAGCUCCACUGCGAGUAGAACCGAAUCUUCCCCUCUACCACCGCACCGUAUGUCGUCUCGGCCCAGUUCAACUAUGCGGGAGCUUGAAUGAAAAGUUUUCAGCAUUUUGUUCCCAGUUGGAUAGCACAGUACAAAAAAUGACGUGUGAAAUGCUCAUGGCUGCUAAUGCGAUAUUGUAUCUUGUAUCUAAUGUGUUUAUUAGAUACCUACAUUACAUAAAAUAGUUUGAUAAUAUGUACUUGGAUUAAUUAUC